UAGCGUGCGUCACGUGGUCUCGGGCUCUGAAUAAUUAAGGAGCUUUACAUCAUCAGCGAGCCUGGCGGUCUCCGCGCGGCCGUGUCGGGUACCUGCAGAUGCAGACUGGAAAUGGAGCUGUGUGACAGCACCGGGCUGCGCUAGUAGGCUAGUGCACCGGAUGGAGGAGGCACAGCGUGAUGCUGUCUGUCAGACCCCGCCCUGCCUUGAAAACCAUGAGGGUAGAAGCUGACUGCAAGUUCCUGUGAAAAAGAGCUUUGUUUCUUCCCCAUCGGCCGACCCUCCAGUCAGGCGGCUCUGAAGACGAACCGGCGCCGUCGAGCUCUGCCAUUGCUGCCUCUUCAGGGUGACCCCACGCUCCGUUCACCAUUGGCCACGCCCCCAGGAGCUGUGCCGACAUGAGUGGGAUUUUUGCCAAACUGGACCCCCGGCGGAUCCAGUGGGGGGCCACCUGGUAUGCCUUCCAGUCCCGCGUCCUGCGCACCAAACCUGUGGAAUCCAUGCUGGACGGUGCAGUCGGAACUAGUGCUCACGGGACCAAACUUGCCCGCGUGCUCACCACUGUGGACCUGGUCUCACUAGGCGUGGGAAGUUGUGUGGGCACUGGCAUGUAUGUGGUCUCCGGCCUGGUCGCCAAGGAGAUGGCAGGCCCCGGGGUCAUCGUGUCCUUCAUCAUUGCUGCGGUGGCUUCCAUCCUGUCAGGAGUGUGCUACGCUGAGUUUGGCGUUCGCGUGCCGAAGACCACGGGUUCAGCCUACACCUACAGCUACGUCACCGUUGGCGAGUUUGUGGCCUUCUUCAUUGGCUGGAACUUGAUCCUGGAGUACCUGAUCGGCACGGCAGCAGGCGCCAGCGCCCUCAGCAGCAUGUUCGACUCCCUAGCCAACCACACCAUUAGCCGUUUCAUGAUUGACCACGUGGGCACGCUCAACGGCCUCGGCAAGGGCGAGGAGUCAUACCCAGACCUGCUGGCACUCGUCAUUGCCAUCCUGGUGACUGUGAUCGUGGCCCUGGGGGUGAAGAACUCUGUGGGCUUCAACAACCUACUCAACGUGAUCAACCUGGUGGUGUGGGUCUUUAUGAUGAUUGCAGGCCUCUUCUUUGUCAGCGGAACCAACUGGGAUGAGGGCAGAUUCCUGCCUUUCGGCUGGUCCGGGGUCAUGCAAGGUGCGGCUACCUGCUUCUAUGCCUUCAUCGGGUUUGACAUCAUUGCCACCACAGGAGAGGAGGCCAAAAGCCCCAACACCUCCAUCCCCUAUGCCAUUACCGCCUCACUGGUAACCUGCCUCACAGCCUAUGUCUCAGUGAGCGUGAUCUUGACCCUCAUGGUCCCAUACACUGAGAUUGAUGCCGAUGCACCCCUCAUGGAGAUGUUCUCCGUGCACGGCUUCCAGGCAGCAAAAUACGUGGUGGCUGUGGGCUCCAUAGCGGGGCUGACAGUCAGCCUACUAGGCUCCCUCUUCCCCAUGCCCCGGGUCAUCUAUGCCAUGGCCGGGGAUGGCCUUCUCUUCAGGUUCUUAGCACAUGUCAGCAGCUACACAGAGACACCUGCCGUAGCGUGUGUGGUGUCGGGCUUCCUGGCUGCACUCCUGGCCCUCUUGGUGAGCCUACGGGACUUAAUUGAAAUGAUGUCCAUUGGCACACUUCUUGCCUAUACGCUGGUGUCUGUGUGCGUCCUGCUCCUGCGCUACCAGCCCGAGGGCGACAUCCACGGCUUCGUCAACUUCCUUUCGGAGGAAAACGCCAAGCGAAAGGAGGGCGUUCUGGCUGAAUGCGAGAAAGAGGCGUGUUCCCCUGUCAGUGAGGCAGACGAGUAUGGCGGCGCGCCUCUUAACACCUGCGGGGCCAAGAACCUGCCCUCGCUGGGUGACAACGAGAUGCUCAUUGGCAAGCCAGACAAGUCAGCCUACGCAGCCAGCCAUCCUAACUACGGCACAGUGGACAUGGGCUCAGGCAUAGAGGCAGACGAGUCGGAGAGCGCCUAUCUGAGGAAGCUGAAAAAACUGCUGGGCCCACGUUACUAUACGCUGCGCAUCCGCCUAGGCCUGCCAGGCAAGAUGGACCGGCCCACAGCUGCCACUGGCCGCAUUGUCACUACCUGCGUUAUCUUGCUCUUCAUCCUUAUCUUCAUCUUCUGCUCCUUCAUCAUCUUUGGCGCUGACUAUAUCUCUGACGGCACCUGGUGGGCGGGGCUGCUGGUGGCACUGAUGGUGCUCCUGGGCGCAGGCCUAAUCUUUGUCAUCCUGCAGCAGCCAGAGAACCCCAAGAAGCUGCCAUACAUGGCUCCCUGCGUGCCCUUCGUGCCUGCUUGCGCCAUGCUGGUCAACAUCUACCUGAUGCUUAAGCUCUCCAGCAUUACGUGGCUCCGUUUCGCCGUCUGGUGCUUUGUGGGUGUGCUCAUCUACUUCGGCUAUGGCAUGUGGAACAGCACUCUGGAGGUCACUGCCCGAGAAGAGGAGGUCCACGCCAGCACAUACCAACGCUAUGGAGCGGAUGUGGAUGAGGGUUUCGCUGCAGACGAUGAUCUCUAUCCAGGCUGUGACGGUGGGCCGUACCAGGUGUGGGGCGCCCCGGAGGAGACCGGCUACUCGUUCCAGCAGCAGUCACAGCCGCAGCCGACUCCUGACAGCGGCGAUGCCAGCCGGACGUCCUCGCAUAGCAGUAGACUCAAAAGCAAAGGGAAACCGGGCCGUGGCUUUGAGGCCCUGAUCGUGGACGAUGAGCUCGAUUACUCGCCGGAAUGAGAACGUGUUCGAAUGUACUCACCUGUCAAUGUGGCAACCCUUGGGCUAGGAUGUUACCUUUGUGUUGUCAUCCAUCUUUCACUUCCUUGCCUUUCAUUAUUGUAGACUGCCUAUUUAGUUCCAUACUUACAGAUUAUAGCUUUUUCAAAGGGAACGGAUUUGUCCGAGGAAACGUUGAGCUGAAAUGGUGGAGACUUCAGAAAGCAAAACUAGGCUGAUGACUACAUCGGUGAAAUGACCGAUUUCUCUUUAAGCUUUGGAUGUAAGGAUCCUCAUCCUACAUUAUUCUUAAGUUUCUGAAAUUUGACUGCAAUGCUAUUGUGAUUUUCAAAGUGCAGUACAGGACAAUUGUCUGGGAAAGUUGUGAAGCUUGUUUAAUGUCCAUUUUUAUGAAACCGCCCAGUUUAAUGUCCAUUUUUAGGAAAUUGCCAGAAAGGAAAUGGCAGGUUGACAUGAAGUUUGCUACAGUUCCCCAGGCCCACCUUUUCCUGCAUUUCAUGAAGGUGUCAUUUCUUCAUGAGUAGGCUCCUGAUGGUGAGAUGCACAUGGAUCUCUGUCACCACAGUUUAAUUUCAGUCAGAUUUAUCUAUCUUUUUUACUUAUAAGUUACAAUUGUUUAAACUUCUCAGUGCACAUAUGUAACUGUGCUGCAUUUAAAUUCACCCCAUAUAAUUUCAUUUGACGGGAACGGGAGAUAAUUAAGGUGCUAAUAAAGCGCGGUGACGUGAUGUAGGGACUGACGCUUAUAAGGCUUUCGGAAAUGUCCCUCAGCCAGAUUUUACAGAGAUCCCUGCAAGAGAAAUGAAAGGCAAGGUUUAUCAUCCUCUGCCUCUGCUUAUUUUUCAGCAUCUAGCCCAAGGGAAGGGGAGUGAGAGGGGCUGCCACAAAUAGUAAUUGGACUUUGCUUGCAAUAGUGCCUUCAUGUGUCAGUGUGCUUUAACUUUGGCCAUCGUGGUGUCCAUCCGCCUUUUCGCACUCCCUGUCAGGGAAGAGGCAGGGGCCAUUCCAGCUUUUCUCAUUUGUAUCUCUUCAUUUUACUCAGUCAGUUAGUCUGUUUGUUUUUUAAGCACGUUCUGUUGGUGCUGUCACCGGUGGUGUUCAGUCCCGCAUCCGUGGCCCAGCUUAUGACCACACCGUGACCUUGUGUUCGUUUUGGCAGGAGCCGGGUUGGGGGGACUUUUAUCGCACUAGUAGUCUCUUGGGUUGGGGUGAAGCCAGUGCAUGAUGGGAAGCCCUUGUAUCGCUUGUGGUGAAUGCUGCGUUCUGGAAUGUGUUGCUUUCGGUGUUCCAGUGUUUCCUGUGACUCAGGUGUUGUCAGACAAGCCCUCUGGAUCUCUCCUCUCUCUGCCUGUAACUCGACCGAAAGGGGAUCUCCGGCGAAGCCCCAAAAAGACCCUCCUCCCGUUCUUCCGUCGAGGUCUAUCCCACCAGGGGAAGCCUGUCCUUCGAGAUGCGCUUAGUUCACAGCGCCGUUCCGCUUCUGACCGCCUGGCACUCCCAAACGCAAAAGAAAAUACGCAGGCGACCCUGAAUGGGAUCUCAUGUAGGACCAGGUGGAAAGGGGCUCUCUUAGGAAAACCUCCUGCUGUAUCCUUAGCCUCAGUCUAAAAGGAAGCGGUGUGUGCGUUUCCGUGAAGAUUAGUGACAGCGGCAAAAGCAGGAUCUGAAUAAAGGUGUAAAAGCUCUGUCCCGAUUUCAGCAGCGGUGUCACUCUUCGCUGCUUUGCUCGACAGCGUUGAUUAUCGCAUGCGGAACGUGCCGUUAGGUCCUCGCGUGUGGCAAGCGUACUGGUGUCCCCUGUAUGUGCGUGGCGGUUCGGUCUGUUUCCGGCAUGUGGGAUAGGCAGGCCCAGAGUAGAAUCCGUGUCGAAUAUUUGCAUGUGUGGUGACCGCAGCAAGACGUAAAACUCUAUGAAAUGUAGCAGCCUGGGGAGGGGGGCUUUCCAGGAACCACUCUAAAUCCCCCCCCAUAUUGCAGCCUUCUGUUUACAGACCAAGCCAAAGUUUGCCAUAUUUUCUUCUUCUUUUUUUUUUUUUUUAUUAUUGUACCUGAUCAAAGUGACCAUAAGAUUCCAUUAGAAUAGACUAGCAUAAAAGGUACAACGACAAAAAGAGAAAUAGAGGUAUUUUUUUACAGUUCUUUAUUAAAUAACUCCAGGUUGGAUUCUUUCAGCUCCUCUGGCUCCUUGUGUUUGCAGAAACUGAUGGCCGCAGAGCAAUGAAAGCAUAUAUUUUUAAAGUCUUUCUAAAAUAACAAGGCUUCCUUUUAUGAAUCACAGAACCUAGAUUUAGAUAAUGGUAGGAAAUAAUGCUGAGAGGAAAGCAAAAUUAUAUAUAUAUAUGUGUAAAAGACCUAUUUUAUAAAAUAUUGGUGUCAAGAAAAAACAGAUGUUGCCACUAUUGCUUUUAAAGUCAGCUACUAUUUGUUUUUUUGUCUCAGAAAAAAAAAAUGUAUUGUGUUUUUCUUGUAAUACUAUCUUUCCCGCCACUACAGAUUACUUGGCUUUUGCUAAGACAGUGCUGAGACUGGCUUCCUCUGCGAAAUGGAUAUUUGUUUCCGCUGUAUAUUUUGCAUUUCUGCUUGAAAUGUAUGUAAUCUGGUUUGUUUUACUACGUUACUUCCCCGUGUGUGUUUUCGGCCCCCUCUUUGUGCACUGUGUACUACAAUGUUGAUAAAGCCU